AUGUCACUCCCUCCAGAGCGCAUCAGCGUCAAACGCAGAAGACAGGAAGAACCCGUUGAGACAUUAUAUCUUGAGCACGGUAAUGGCCCGGACAAGAAGAGGAGAGUCACCGACUUCUACUUCCAACGCCUCCAGAACAAUAUGAUCGUCCCUCUUUCUCAGCGAGCCACCAGUCCGCAGGCCGUGUGGUCAGAGCCUCCUGCGCCUGGUGUUCCUCCAAUUCGUCUGACUUCACCGACUGUUGUAAAGAGAGAACCGGGCGUUUCACAGACAUCCCUCACUGCAAAGGCUGACACGGCCCACGAAGACAAGAGCAAGGCGCCUGACAAUGCCAGCGAGGAGUCCGGCAGCAGAUCAGCUCCAACCACACCCACUACAAGACAAGCUCUCCAGCAAGCCCGCCGUUUCCACCUCACUCGUCACCUCUCAUCAGUCCUUAGUCCCAGCGCUUCUGGUGGCAUCCGGAAACCCAAGAACUUUAUUCGACCUCCUCUCGCGACCUUUAUUGAAAGGCAUGGCCCCGUUUUCAGCCAUGAGCAGAAUCCGCUGUACCGUGAUAAACCAAUUGAUAAGGUGCUGGACAUCCAACAAGACAAUGGGGGAGGGACUACAGAAUCCGGUGGAGUCACAGAGCCAACCCUCGAAGCCUUGAAAGCGUCCAGACGAAGCCUGACGAGCACGUUUGUUCAGACAGGUUCUAAGACAAUUAGGAAUGGGACUUCCAUCAGAGAUCACCCGAGCACUUGGGAUUUCGAAUCCGAUCAGCUUGCAGACGAGUUGGCUGCGCUUGCGAUGGAGCUCGACCCGGAUGUGCAGGAAUCCACCGAAGCGGUGCUGCCAACGGUGUCUCCUUCAAAACCCCAGGAUGUUGUGAUGGAUUCCCACGAUCGAGAGGAUGACUACGUCUACGAGACCUAUGUUCGCGUGGAGUAUGAUGCUCAAUUGCAUGGUCCAGGUGAUGCCGCAGGUCUGCACUCCAACUAUGGAAUACUCGUGAUCGACGAAGCAGAUGUGGACUUGUGGCAGAAAUACAUCGAUAGUGAUGAUGACACUGAUUGGGAUGAAGAAGACUCGAAUGCUGAGGACAAUCCCGCGAAUGACUAUCCGGAAGAGGAAGUCAGCUCAGAUGACGAGUACGGGUAUAACCCGUACAAAUAUCGGACCUAUGGGUCUGACCAAGAGGACUUUGAUAACGACCACACCUUUCGAUAA